ACGUUACAUAAAGAAAAUUAAGUUGGUUGAAUUAUUCGGUUUUACAGUGAAGGAACUGCUCAUGAUCCAAAGCACACCAUCUCAUUUGUCCAGCAUGGUGGAGAAAAGACAAAGAGCUGAAGCCCGAUCAGCAGCCUGACAAACAAAAGGAUGGUGCAGAGGUCGGUGGUGGUGGGGCUGUUGGUGCUGCUGUUGGCUGCAGUGGGAACAUUUUUGGGUGUGUUUUUCGGCGUUAAGGGUAAUCAACCCACCACUAUCCCUGAGGGUUCGUACGCACGGGCUGCGGUGGCCGCAGAUGCUGGACAAUGCUCUGAGAUCGGCAGGGAUAUCCUGCAGAGGGGGGGUUCUGCUGUAGAUGGAACGAUAGCGGGGCUGCUGUGCGUGGGGCUGAUGAACGCUCACAGUAUGGGCAUUGGCGGUGGCCUGUUCCUCACCAUCUACAACUCCAGCACAGGCAGAGUGGAAACCAUCGAUGCUCGUGAGACGGCCCCCUCGAAUGCCACCCAGGACAUGUUUGGAAACAGCACAGAGCUUUCUCAGAAAGGUGGUCUGUCCAUUGCUGUUCCUGGAGAGAUCCGAGGUUAUGAACUGGCUCAUCGGCGUCAUGGUAAGCUGCCCUGGAGAGAGCUGUUCCUGCCUAGUAUAAAGCUGGCACGUGAGGGCUUCCCGGUGGGCAAAGCACUGGCACAAGCCAUCUACAGCGACCAAAACACUAUCCUCAAUGACAAGACCUUGUGCUCUGUGUUCUGUGACAAAAGUGGAGCCAUCCUGAAGGAAAAUGAUACCAUCACCUUCACCAAACUGGCCGACACGUACCAAGAGAUUGCAGACAAAGGGCCUGAUGCCUUCUACAACGGGUCCAUUGCUCAGAACAUUGUCAAUGACAUCAGAGAUGCAGGUGGGAUAAUAACUCUGGAGGAUCUGCUGAGUUACACUCCUGUACUGAAUGAAAGCCCUCUUCAGGUGUCACUGGGUGAUUUCACCAUGUUUGUGCCCAAUGCGCCAUCCAGUGGCCCCGUACUCAUUCUUAUACUCAAUAUACUCAAAGGUUAUGGCUUCUCAGCAGAGAGCGUCUCCAGCACCGAGAAGAAGAUCCUCACCUACCAUCGCAUAGUAGAGGCUUUCAGAUUCGCAUAUGCCAAGAGGAGCUUUCUGGGAGACCCCAAAUUCCUCAAUAUCGAUGAGUUCAUCCAGAACAUCACCUCAAAGAGUUACGCCGAUGGCAUCCGACAGAAAAUCACAGACGACUCCACGCAGCAGGAGAGUUAUUAUGAGCCAGAAUAUUACAUUGCAGAUGAUCACGGCACCUCGCAUCUUUCUGUAGUGGCAGAGGAUGGCAGCGCAGUGGCUGCCACCAGCACCAUCAAUCAUUACUUCGGCUCCAAGGUCAUGUCCCCAUCCACGGGCAUCCUGUUCAACAAUGAGAUGGAUGACUUCAGCUCCCCUCUGAUCAUCAAUGGCUUUGGUGUUUCUCCUUCACCGAACAACUUCAUUAAACCCUAUAAGAGGCCCCUGUCCUCAAUGUGUCCUGCUAUCCUCUUUGAUAAAAACAAUAGAGUCGCAAUGGUGGUGGGUGCCUCAGGUGGGACAAAGAUCACAACAUCAGUUGCUGUGGUGAUCCUGAACUCUCUGUUCUUCAACUAUGAUCUGAAAAAAGCAGUGGUGGAACCCAGAAUCCACAAUCAGCUCAAACCUAACGUCACUGUGGUGGAGUCUGGUUUCGAUACGGCUGUGUCAGAUGGUCUGGCCCAGAAAAACCAUGCCAUUGAGGAACUAAACCCGAUUGGGGCUGUAGUCCAGGCCAUACGUAGACAUGGAAAGCGCCUGGAGGCCAAGUCUGACCCCCGAAAGGGUGGUUACACAGCAGGGUACUGAUCUAACCACUGGCUGAUGUCUAUGACCAACAGGUCUGCAAAGUCACCAAACAAGCUUGUGUACCAGAUCCGUAAGCUUCGGACAGAGACUCACACCCUCACUUGGACCACAGGAUGAAACAUAGCAGCAAUUGACGCUUCACUGAUGAUUCACUCUAUUCCAGUUAUUUCUGUUCCACAUUAACCCUAACCACGGACAAAUAGUUUUAGCAUAGCUUUAAACAGUAGCAGCAGCCAUGCAUUCUUAGCAUUGUCUGUACUUUUUUGUAAACAACAGUGUGUCAUUUGGUGUCAGAAACCCUGCAGUAAGUGUUUCUGACUUACUCAGACGUUUAUGAGUAAUUGUUGGGGUACAAACUUCCAUUACUUGUUAGCUACAUUAGCCUCUACAUUGGACUCUAGUGCUAAAAGUGCUAAAGAUGCUAACUUCAGUCUUUGCUAAGGUAAAUCUGAAUUACAGCUGAAAUUCUGCUUUAAGCUGCAGUCAGUAAAGCGUUAUGCUGUUAUGUGCUGAGGCCAGAUGCGCAUCAUUUUUAACCAUCACUGAAAUUUCAAUAUCACAUUCUCUUAUCUAGUACACAGGAUGUGAUCUAAUUUUAGAGCACUGCUGGGUGAACUGAGGAAUUCAUAUCUUCUGCGUUCAUAUAUUUUUAGAUCAGUUUCAAAGGCUUCUGUAAAGCCUAAAUAAUAAAAAACAACUCUUGUUUU